UGAAGAUCUUUCUCUCUCUCUACUUCAAUUGGCCUUUAAAUACGAGUAAUAAACUCUCUUAUCGCUCAGCAUAAGGAGUUUUACUUUGUCAUUUUCUUCUUUUCAACAUUCUCAAAGUGCUAAGAUGUGACAUUUUUCUUAAUUGACAUUAACUAUAAAAAAAAUUCUAAGGAAAGUUUCUUGUUUGUCAAGAAUGUGUUUCGUGGAACGUGCAAGAAAUUGAAUGAUAACGUUGUGUUAAAAGACAAUAUAUAUUUAAUUUUGUGUAUAAGAAAAAGUAAAUGAAAAAAAAACUCUAAAAGAUACUGUAAAGUGAAAAAGUGAACAGAAGGAAAAGAAUCUCUAAAAAUAAAUUCAUAGUGAAAUAACAUUAUAUAAACACCGAACAGUUGAUAAGAAUAAUCACAUCAUUUAUGUUUUUAUUGUCUAUUUCGUCUGACCUGUAAUACGGGAUGGCUUGUAUGAAUAUUCAGAUGGCCAUUUGCGUUUCAUGGCGGCAAAUGGCAUUCCUUCGAUGAUCUCUCCUUCGUCUUCCAUUUCAAACGGCCCGGAGCCUCAAUUACCGCCAUUACUGCCACCACUUCGUUCUGCACAAGUAUUGCAACCGUUGUCAGUUUUUCCAGUGUCAGCUGUGAGUGAGGAAGGAACGUACGAUUAUGUGUUUGGUGGGCCACCAUCGGAUAAGUCGGCCCUGUCAUCAUCACUCAAGCUGACCUCACCCCCUGCUCGGCUGCGAUCAGACGAUCACAAAAGUGGCCUACAAGAUGAACGUCCAUAUCGUCGAUCACUUGGACAUGCUACAAAGCGUUCAAAAAACCUAGUUGGGCUCUAUUCAGCUGUAAAAGGACAUGGGGAAGACGAAGCCACUCUUCGACAAUUGCUUAUUGAUCCCACGGAAGAUACAAUGGAAGGUCUAAUUUGCAGUUUACAAAAACAAGUUAGCGUGAUGAGUAUGAAUUUAUCAGCAAAAUUGGAUGAGUUGCAACGUGGUGAUCGUCACAUGGAGACAACUGUAGCUCUCUGUGAGAUUCGAUCUCAACUGCAAGAACUCACAAAAUCAGUUGAAAGUUGUCAAAGUGAGGUUUCUGAGGUAAAACGUGAUAUGGUAGCAAUAAAACAUGAAUUGGAUACGGUGCAGCAGGUAAAGGAAGAAAUUGAAGAACUGAGGGAGUAUGUAGAUAGACUUGAAGAGCAUACUCACAGGAGAAAACUACGUUUGUUGGAGCAAGGGUUAACAUUUUUCCUCACAUACGCAAUAUUUGCCGCUGUGUUGGGAAUGCUUCAAUUUGGCUACAAUACCGGUGUAAUAAAUGCACCAGAAGUUAAUAUCGAAAAUUUUAUGAAGGACGUAUACAAAGAUCGCUAUGGUGAAGACAUUACCGAAGAGUUUAUUCAACAAUUAUAUUCAGUGGCUGUGUCGAUAUUUGCCAUUGGAGGUAUGUUGGGUGGUUUUAGCGGUGGAUGGAUGGCAAAUCGUUUUGGAAGGAAAGGUGGCCUGUUACUCAACAAUAUCCUCGGUAUUUCUGGUGCAUGUCUUAUGGGAUUCACCAAAAUGAGUCAUUCAUAUGAAAUGCUCUUUCUUGGAAGAUUUAUAAUUGGCGUCAAUUGUGGUUUAAAUACAUCUCUCGUUCCAAUGUACAUCUCGGAAAUUGCUCCGUUGAAUUUACGAGGUGGCCUAGGGACUGUUAAUCAAUUGGCUGUGACAGUAGGUUUACUAUUGUCUCAAGUAUUGGGCAUAGAGCAAAUACUUGGGACAAAUGAUGGAUGGCCAGUACUUUUGGGUUUAGCUAUUUGCCCAGCAAUUUUGCAGCUACUCCUGCUUCCUGUAUGCCCAGAAUCACCACGAUAUUUGUUGAUUACGAAACAAUGGGAAGAGGAAGCACGAAAAGCUUUAAGACGGCUUCGAGCGUCUAAUCAGGUUGAAGAAGACAUCGAGGAGAUGCGAGCUGAAGAACGCGCUCAACAAGCAGAAAGUCAUAUUUCAACGAUGGAACUAAUCUGCUCCCCAACACUUAGAACCCCACUUAUCAUCGGAAUUGUUAUGCAACUUAGUCAACAAUUAAGUGGAAUUAAUGCAGUUUUCUACUAUUCUACAUCUCUUUUCAUGAGUUCCGGCCUCACGGAGGAGAGUGCCAAAUUUGCAACUAUCGGAAUUGGUGCUAUAAUGGUUGUUAUGACACUUGUUUCUAUUCCACUUAUGGAUAGAACUGGUCGAAGGACAUUGCACUUGUAUGGACUUGGCGGAAUGUUCAUCUUUUCUAUAUUCAUCACUAUUUCAUUCCUCAUAAAGGAAAUGAUUGACUGGAUGUCAUAUUUGUCGGUUGUAUCGACUUUGGCAUUUGUGGUAUUCUUCGCUGUGGGACCGGGUUCAAUUCCAUGGAUGAUCACCGCUGAGCUCUUCUCACAGGGACCACGUCCUAGCGCCAUGGCCAUAGCAGUAUUAGUCAAUUGGAUGGCGAACUUUGUAGUUGGCAUUGGAUUCCCAAGCUUAAAGACUGCUCUGGAGAAUUACACAUUUUUACCAUUUAGUGUGUUCCUUGCAAUUUUCUGGAUAUUUACGUAUAAGAAAGUUCCUGAGACAAAGAACAAGACAUUCGAGGAAAUUCUUGCUCUCUUUAGACAUGGUAAUGGGAGGAGUAUGCUAAACUGCGUAAAUAGUUUGGAACCGCAGAGCAUGAAUUCAGGCAUCGAGCAUGCAGCGCUGAUGAUAUCCGAGGAAAAGACUCAACAUGACUCACCCGCUUCAGAGCGUUGUUCAGAAGGCGCGAAAAAUGUCCAGCAGGGGCGGAACGCUGUCUCUGCGCCCCAUCACCUUCGACAGGGAGUAAUUGCGUGCCCGAACAGCGGGCUCUGACUGAGGAGCGCCUCCCCGCCUAGCGGCAGCAGUAGUAAUGGCAUCGAGGUGUCAUCUCAUGCGGUUGACAGUAACGAUGUGGCUACACCACCUACCAUGCGUGUACGAGAUGACUAUGCGGAUACAAUUAGUUUAACAUUGAGUACAGCAUCACGGCAUGGGGGUUGCCGACGUCAUCAUCAACAUCAUGGGCAUCAUCAUCACUACCGCCAUCGGCGUACAUCAUCCGCAUCCUCAACAGCCAGUGCUAGUUGCCGUCGUUCAUCGCCACCGCGUGUUUUUGUUGAACGCUGCUGUAGUGCUCUCGAUGAUGAAGUUGAGAGAUAUUUUUACGUGAAGAAUCGUAGAGCGAGUGGUGGAGGGGCAGCAGUUACAUAUGGAUCACAUGGUUCCCUUAGUCGUCUAUCUAGAUGCAAUUCAAUGCGACGCCGACGAAGUCAUACAUCCGUUGUUGCACCAUUCAAUGAGAAGCAACAGCAGCAGCAGCAGCAGCAGCUUUUACCUGUGCAGGCACGAACCUUUCGUGCCAUAAGUCCUAAGCCAAUCUCGGAUGGUGGAGCAGCACGUCUUUUGCUUACACCAAGUAAAUUAACCGUGGAAGCUGCAUCAUCACGCUGUAGUUCAGCUAUAAAGUGCAGCAGUAGUGAUACAAGUGAACUUUUACCUGAUUAUGUGUAUGCACCAUCACCCAUAAAAUGGAAUUUCCCAUCAGAUGCGGAGAAAAUGAGCGAUAGAAGUAGCAGUAGUGAGUCUGUGAAAUCCGCUGAUUCACAAUUAGGUUGCAAGAAGCAGCCCGAUGUGAAGACUGUAUCAAUAUGGCGGACAGAUAAUGAUGAAGCUAAUGCUAUAAUUUUUCAUCAUGAAAGUGAAAUUGUUGAAAAUUGCUGCAGACCACCACCACCACCGUGCAAUGAUGAUGCGUAUUCGGACACAGACUACAGAUGUGAUAGUGAGAAGCUCAAUAAUUGCAUUGCAAAUCAUCCACCUCCGGCUAGAAUUGAGAUAGCACACCGCAAUAGUUUUCCAUCUGUUAAUCAUUCACUGUAUCGUAUUUCAUCAGACUUGCGACGUUUCCAAAAGACAUCAAAUUUCAAUCACAACACAAAUAAUUUUAACAUAACGUCCAAUGGGAAAAUUGCUAAUUGCGAACCAUCAACAAGUCGAAUUUUAGUUGAGCAAGCAGCUAACAAUCUCACAGACAUCUUCAGUCGUAGCCUGGAACAAGCUUUUCUUGGUGCAAGCAAUGAGAGAGAUACAAAAUUCACAAAUAACAUUACCUCCUACGCAACUCUACCUCAUUGUACGGAUUUGCUAUUUCGCACCUCACCACCGCUAUCGCAUACAGCUGCUGUACAUUCAUUGGCACGUUGCUACGAUAAAUCAUCAGCUAAUAUAAGCUUAACAAAUCAAAAUCGAUUUACAUCCUACUUCAAUGCUGAUCGACGACAAUCCAUUAAUGUACUCCUCCCUGCAACGGAUGGUGAUACAGCAGCCCAACAUAGUCCAACAUCUAGUCACGAAGCCAUACUUGAUGACCAACAUCUAGCCUCACUUAAUCAUUUUCGUGCAAUCUCCUGGGGAUUAAAUCAAAGGGCUACCGGAAUCCCCAGCUUAGUACGCGGAGUACGACGUAGAGCGAGAAAAUUGCGAGAUUUUUUCAAGCGUAACCACAUAAAUUAAACGAUUAUGCACAAAAAAACAUUUUUUCAAUAAAUUAUUAAUUUCAAAAUUAUUUUCCUUUUAUAAAUAAUAGAAAGUUACAAAAUAUCCCUUAGAUCCAGAUAAUGUUCUAAUAUAGAAUAUCUAAUCAAAAAAAAAUAUUAAGGAAAGAUCGAUUAUCAUGAAAUUGGGUAAAAGAGGAUAAAAUAUAAUUAUGUUGGUACCAAAAAUAAAUUAUUUCAAACUAUUGUUUUUUUUAAAUAGUUUUUUUGGAAACCUUAACCAGUCUUGGUGAUUUAAACGCAGCACUGUCAAUAUCUUUCAGCCAUACUUAUAAGACUUAUCUACAAAAUUAACUAAGUAAAAUAACCGAUAUAAAAUAAAUUCUAAAAUGUAAUUGUACAUUUUACGUGAAAUUAGAUUACAUAAAAAAAGAAAAAAAUGAUCAAUAAAAUUUCUUCACACGACUAAACUUAAGAAUAUAAUAAUAACUUAGGGAAAAUGUAAUGUAUUACUAAGCUAUAAAUAAUUUAUUAAUAGAAAAAGAAAAUAAAUAGAUAGAUCAAAUCCUUAUGUUAAAUAACAUAGAUGAAAUGACUUAAAUAUUGUUCUAAGUAAACAAAUAUUAUAUUAUAUAUUCAAUCCAUGAAUACAUACGCAGAUUUAUAAAGUUUGUCACUUUUUACGAUUUUUUACAUUUUUCUUUGUGCUUUCACAAUGAUUUUUUUAUUUUUACUUUUGAAUCUCAUCAAUUUUUUGCAUGAUAAUUUACAAAAUUCUUUUUAUAAAACAUUUUUCAUCUCCCCAAUAACAAUACUGAUCCUACUAAAUUUUAAUUCUCUUGAAUAAGAAUAUAUAAAAAAAACGUAAAGUUUUCAUAAUAAUAAAAGUGACAAAAUUUAUUUAUCUCUGAUGAAUUGUCUCAAAAUAUGAUACAAUAAUUCAUUAGAUAUGUAUGUAAUAUGGAAUAAAAAUAAAUAAAAGAUAAUUAAGAUAACUUAUCUUAUUUUUUUAUUAAGUUAAACAUUAAAAAGCUUUGUCUUUGCACAAAAAAAAAUGAAACCAAACGGGAAAAAAAUAUUUACUUCUUGCAAAAGAGUGGGCUCGUCGAAAAGUUUAAAAAUCACUUAAAUGAAAAACAAAUCAAAGAAAAUUAAACACAUGAAAAUAACUGAUUGUAGUGUUAUUAACUAAAAGUAAAAUGAUAUACAUAACCAAAUUCCUUUUGAACUAUAAACUGUUUUUUCAUUAGACACAUUAGUAAUAAAAAAUUAUCCGAUUAAAAUAUACGUAGAAGAAUUUAUGGAGUUUUAUAUGCAUUCAUAUAUACAUAUAAUAAUUGAGGGUUAAUAUACAUAACUACUCGAAAUAGUGAAACGGGGAAAAUGUAUAUUGUAUUAUUCAAUCGAAAAAAAAACAAAAAUAAAGGAAAAAAGAGAUAAAUUUGAUGUGAGUUAAAACAGCGAUUAGUUAGAGAAGUUUUAAAGUUAAAAAUUAACUAUUUAUAAAGUUUAAUUCGAGAAAGAGGUGGAAGGAUGAAUCCUUUUAUUAAGUUUUAUCUUUUGUUGAAUAAAUUUUUGUGAAUCUGUUACGAUUUCAUUCUUUUCUUGAGAUAUUCCCACUAACGUUAUAUGCAUUUGAAGCUUAAGUAAAGUACGAAAGGAAAAUUCUUUUUAAUGAGUUUUUCAUCAAUAAUUCGUGAUGAGAAGUAAUACUUUGCAUUCGCUUAAAAAUGCCAUCAUAAGAUGAAGAAAUAUUCUCUGAUUGAAAUUCUUAAAUAAUUUUUUUUUGAUUUUUUUUUGUUAAAUAGUUAAAAGUCAAAAUGUGCCAAAUAUUUUUGAAUUUAAUGAAAAAUUCAAGUAAUUAUUUGCAACGUAAAAUUUUAUUCUAACACUGGAAACAUUUUGUCACUUGCAUUAGCAAAUGGUGUAGUUUGUUUAAAAAUUCUCAUGCAGAGAUAUACAAAUUUCUGAAUAUACCAUUAAAUGAAUGAAAAAGUAGCAGAUGUGCAAACUUUCUGUCACACUGGUGAUAAUAAAAAAAAUGUGUUUUAGUUAUGUAGUUAAUGUAAAAUAUGUAAGCACAUAAAAUAAUAUUUUGUAGAUUUACACGUAUAAAACAACAAAUACAUUAUUAAUUGAAACAUAUUAUGCAAGGGAAGAUGAUAAAAGAUAUAAAUUUUGAAAAGUACCUACAUAUAGAUAUGUAUGUAUUUAAAAAAAAUGAUUGCACUGCCAUUUUUUUUAGUAAAUAAUGUUAAAUAAUUUCUUUUUUGUUAAGACAAAAAAAAUAGAACGUAUAUCUUCUAAAUGUAAUAACAAAUAAUAUGUACUAGCAAAACUAUAUAAUGUUCGAUUUAUGUAUCUAAAAACAAAAUAACAUGUACAUAAUCGAUAUAUAAUACAGAACAUCUAGGUAAAGAUUAUGAUCUCAAACCAAAAAAAUAUUUCAUUUAAAAACAUUUUUUUGCUCUUAUAAGUACAAUUUAGUUAAAUAUUUUAUAUGUUAUUAAUUAGAAUAUUAAUUUUCGGGGAAUGAUAAAUGAUUCGUUAGUGAUUUAUUUCGUAAUAUGGGCCAAAGAUUGUCACAAAAAGAAGCUUUUGAUUUGGUUAAAGAAAAAUUUAAUAAGAGAUAGGAUUGUAUAAGUUAUGAAAAGUGUUUCAAUUAUUGACAUAAUUCUAAAUGUACAUAAUACGGCAACACAUAUGUAGUUUAAUACAAAAUUUUAUAGAAUAAUCUUUAACGUAUAAAACGUAUAUAGUGAAGGUUUUUAAUUUCAUUCGAGUCCUAAAAGACAAGUUGAUAAGGAACAAUACUUAAUUUAUUAAUUAUUUAAUCAAUCUUUCUUUUUUUACUAAAUUGCUCAAAAUGAAUAUUUAAAUUGAUAGCUGCAGAGGAGUCUUUUCUACUCAAAAAUCAUUCAAUUAAAGGGUUUUUAAAUGAAAAAAAUUGUCAUCUAAGUAAAAAAUUCUCUAAUUUAUUUUAUCUAAACAAUCACCUACUCUCUCCUGUUAAACGUUUCACGGCGUAUUAUAUCACAAACAUAUAAUGCUCAACAUAAAACCAAUGAGGAAUCAUGAGUUCUAAUAAUGAAUUUAACUAUAAACAUCACCUACCUAUUUCAAAGAAUUUCUUCCACGAAAAGCGACUUUGUGGUAUCAUAAAUCAUGACUAAAAUUAAUUUUAUCAUUUGUGUUCAUGUAAAUAAAAAUAUUUUGUAAAUCGUACCUUUUUAAAUAAAAUUUAAUACAUUUUUUAUAGUUAUUUAUAUACCAAUUGAAUUAAUGUGAUCUUGAAUAUAAAAGAAAAAAACUUUGAUUAAGUAUGAAUUUGAUUUGAUUGAAAACAGUAUUUUUUGUCGCAAUAUGUUUGGAAAAGAAAAGCUCCUUUUGUUGUUGAUAGAAGACAGAAUAUAACGGAAAACACAUACAUAAUACAUUUACUUACAUUAAGAAUUACAUAACAAUGAAAGAGCAAAUUAUAUAAAUCAACGGAAGAAAUAAAAUAUAGAAAAUCGAGAUAUAUGAAAUAGAAAUUGUAUUAUAUUAUAUACAAGACAUAAUACAAUUAUAAAUUGUAAAUUGCAAUAAUAAAUUACCAAAUAAUACAAAA